UAUAUAUAUUUACCACCUCACCCUUAGGUGAGGUGGGACACUCUCCUUUAUGGCUCUGCAGAAAAAGGGAGGAGGUUAAGACAGUGAGACUGCAUCAGAGUUCAGCCUCCUCCAAUCUCCGCCUCCCCUCUCAGUUUAACUUCUGUGGCAACACACAAAGUUGUGUUGAGUGACACUGGCUGGGGCAUGAUAUAGAGCGAGACAGAGAGCGAGCGUUUGACACAACAUGGGAUUAGGAUCACAGAGCUGAACAGAAGUAGCAGUGCCGGCCUCAUUGGUAACCAAUGGCUGCCUCGGUGCAGACCCUCCCUCGAACGCGAAACUCCUCCAGCAAGACCUUCCGCUCGGCCCCGCCUCUCUCCUCCAACUGCACCAUGGGAAGUGUAGGCAGUCUGGUGGAGAGGCCAGACGUGUCCCAGACCAAGAACAGUCGUGCCAUGCCACAGGUGAGGCCCCGGCAGAGCAACGGGCUACUGAAGAAGGGCUUCACCCAGAGAGACCUGCUCAACUACCUCAACAUCAGCAGGAAGGAGCCAAGAACAAAUCCAGGAAGUAGGAAUAAAACGGAAGUUAUCUCUGGCUGCACUUCUCUCAACGGGCUCGAGGAUGAAAGCCUCUACACCAAGGUUUACAAUAAAGACGGAACCGAAAUAGACGUGGGGAAAAACUCACUGCCCAUCGGCGGGAAGUAUGGAAAGACUCACUUCAGGCCUUCCGCCUUCAAGCGAGUCGCGCCCAAAAACUUCAGCUCCAUGCAGAACCUGUACCCCACCUCCCCGGUAGAGGACCUGGACUACAGGAACAACGGGAUACCCCAGGCUUACGGCCACCCGCCCCCGGCCGCCUCCUCCUCCUCCUCCUCUUCCUCGCCUUCCCGCCCUGGGAGAGCCAGCAACACCACAACGAUAACAGCAACGUCCAGCGCGGGCCACAAGGCCUUGGCUUGCUUGCGCGGCGCCAGUCAAGAGGAUGACAACAUGUCCGACUCGGGACACAACUCCAUGAACAGCCUGCCGCCGUACCGCCCGCCCUUCCGCCCACACCUGUCUCAAAUCAGCGCGUCCACGGGCCACAUCAACACCAUCGGCUCCCUGGACCGCUCCUGCAUGGGGCCCCGGGGCGUGGGCCCGGGGGGCGCCGUGAUGGGGGGCGACAUGGCGGUGACCUGUCGGAGCAUGGCCACCCUGAGCCACCUGACGCCCUGUCCGGGGGAGGCCCCGCCCCCCUACGAGCUCCCCCUGUCCCUGUCCAUGGAGGACGUGGUCCGGGAUCUAGAGGAGCGCCUGGUGGAGAAGGAGUACGAGCUGAAGCAGAUGAGGAGGAACCUGGACGAGAGCGAAGGCGCCAUCGCUCAGGUGUUCGAGGGGAAGCAGCGGCUGUGGGAGAAGGAGGUGGACGAGCUCAAGGGCCUGUACGCCGCCAAGCUGAGGCAGCUCUCCCAGCACGCCCAGCGCUCCCAGCGCAGCCUCCAGCUGCAGCUGUACCGGGCCCAGCAGGAGAAGGGUCGCGCCCAAGAGGAGCUGGACAGCCUCCGCAGGGUCAAGGGUCAGGAGGAGGAGGAGGUGGGCGCAGUCAGCCCCACCCUGGAGGAGACCCGCUGGCAGGUGUGUCAGAAGUCGGGGGAGAUCUCCCUGCUGAAGCAGCAGCUGCGGGACUCCCAGGCGGAGGUGACCCAGAAGCUGAGCGAGAUCUUCCAGCUGAAGACCCAGCUGAGGGAGACGCGCGGCGAGCUGCGGAGCCGCGAGGGCCAGCUGGACACGCUGAAGACGGCGCUGCAGGGCACGCUGCAGCGCCGCCACACCUGCCUCAGCCAAUCGCACGAGGAGGACGCCGCUGGGGGCGGAGCCACGGGUGGGGGCGUGGCCCCGGUGGAGGACCGCCUGCGGGCGGAGCUGCUCCUGGAGCGCCGGCAGAGCGAGGCGCAGGCCGACGCCUUCGAGGAGGAGAGGCGCACGUGGCAGGCCGAGAAGGACAAGGUGAUCCGCUACCAGAAGGAGCUGCAGGCCAGCUACCUGGACAUGUACCACCGCAGCGAGGCCCUGGAGGCGGAGCUACACCUGGCGAGGGCGGGGCCGGAGGGCUGGGAGAAGGCGGGAGGAGGAGGAGGAGGAGGAGGAGAGGGAAGAGGUGGCGGUGGCGUUGCCGCCGGCAACAGCGGCAGCGGGAGCGGGACGCUAGAGCGGGACGGGUUCCCGUCGGAGUCCGGGAGGGCGGAAGAGGACGGACGUUCCUCUGGCCUGCCGUGGAUUGAGAGAAUCGAGUCGUCAGAGAUCUGAUGACUCAGGUCGACGAACGUAGUAACUCCUUGACGACUAAGCUUCAGGAUUUGUCCCUCCCGUCAACCCUCCCUCGCCUUGUUGAUUUGAGCUCCCCUCCCAUGAUCCCAUCCACACCUCCCUCAGAAAAAACACUGCUGCUGACAAUGGCUGCACUGAACACUACCCCCAAGUAGUCUCUAAGAAAACCUUUGGGAAUGGCCCAACAAGCCUUCAGACUUCCUAAUGAAGAAUCCUCUGUGUAUUUAAGUUAAUGAAAUCGACUUGUUUUGUAACCUGUUCCAUUGUUUGGUUAUCUUUGUACACAUAUUUGGAAUUACUGAACUGUCUUUAAUCCAAAUUCAAAGGGAUUCAAAGGGAUUUGUGGCCAAGCACCUGUUGCACAUAAUGUCUGUGCAUAAAGGGCACAACCUAGAGCCUGUGGAAGAGCCACGCCGCUGGCUUAAGUAUGGAGGAUUAGGACUAGCCAGGAGCCAGACACUAUGGUUCUGCUCUGAGUUCUACCUGUGUCUCCUGCCCCGGGACGCCAGCUCACCUCAGCAGGUCAAAUGGUUUGUAGAUGACUCAAACUGAUUUUUAUUUUACCAAACAAAAGGGUAUACUUACUGUAUAAUAAGUGCAUCGUUUCACUUUCUGCAGUUCUACAAAAAUGAUAUUCAAAAAACAAUGCCCAGCUCAGUGACUAGCUGAGAAGACCUUACUUGAUCUGCCCCAUGUUUAAUGCAACUGUUUUCAAAGAAAAAAAGCGAUGAUAUACUGUGACUUGUGUUCUUUUACUGGAAUAACUGUACAAAAUGUAUAUAAUGUUUGCUCGGACUGAAUAAUAAACAUAUAUCAACAGUGGCAUACUAAAUCGAAGAGAUUUGCUCAAGAUGGGUCCUGAUUGGCUGAAGGCCUCCUUCCCGUCCGUAUGAACUACACCUGUUUUCAGAACUAUUUUAUUCACCAAUACAAACCAUGGGGCAUGAGCUUUGGAACCCCAUAGCCCACAUUGUAGAGGAGGCCUUUGGGGUCUAGAAACCGUCUUUCAUUGGAUUAUAUCUAUUCCACCCCCAUCCCUACACCAAAACUCAAAGGCCAACCCUAAAUACCUUCUCGGUAUAUAUAACCGAGGGUGGCAGAUCAGCUUGGAUGAAACAGGUGGAGCCUUUGUUCCAGGAAUUUGUGUUUCCGUAGGAAAAAAAAAAGUGUUCCACAGAAAAAAUUGAAAGAUUUGGAAGUUUCUAGGGAGAUGAGUACGUCAGGAACGGGAUCAUUCAAGUGCCAUCCGAAACGCUUUGUGCUGUAUGCGUUUGCUGGGGUGAAUCAUUUGCAAAAUGUAUGCAAAUGCCUAUGCAGAUGCCGUUCUGGAGAGUAAGGAAAUGAAUCCAUGCUGCCUUGUUUUCCACAGCGGGUCAAAACCUGAAUAGUUACGAGAUGGGGCUGACUCACCAGGUUGUUACCCUUGCAUUUAUUACAUUAUUUAAACCUGGGCUUAUUUUAACUCCAGAGCUCACGUGGUUGCUGAUAUAAGACACAUUAGACUGCAGUGGAAUGGACCAUUUUCCCGCGGUCGUCAAUAAUAGGGUAAAGAGAUACCUCCUGUUCUUGUCAUUUAAGGUCUGUUUUAUUUUUUGGUGGUCGUAGCACCAGCAAGGUCCACAUAUAUUUACUUGACUAGUUCUGUCUACACCGGUGCACUGCCAUUCCUAAAUCGACCCUAUAAUUAGAGUGAGGAGCUACACCUGUGUUUUCCCCGCUGUGAAUAGGGCCCAUUGUCAGUAGAAGGCUACUGUGCCAGGAUGUUUAAUAAACACUGAUUGGCAUCUUCCCAGUUUCUUAUGCCGAACAUAAAAAAGGUGGCCUUGUGAGGCCAGCAUAAACCUCGCGGGCUUACCUCAGGGUUUUGCGAGGCUAGGAAAAAUACAUUGAAGACCAAAAUUAUUGUAUAUUUUAUCCUUUUUCAAAUGGAAGCCUUGAGUGUUUUGAUUUGCGAUUGACACUUAUUUGAGUGGGAUAAUAGUGUCCCGGCGCCACCACAUGGUAAAGAUGGGUACAACAGGAUGUUUUUGCCUUAAAUACAAUUUCAAAUCCCAGAAAGGACUUCUCGAAGGCAAGAUUUAUCUAUUCAUUUUGAAAAGUUACUUGGAGUAUAAAGUUUUUAUUUUUAUAUCCAGAUGCAAUUAUAUGAAACAUGUUAGAGGAUAAAUAUUUACAAUAAAACUUAGCGCAACACUCAAAAGCAGGAAAAAAGCAUACAUACAACAAAAAGUGAUGACAGAAUCAGUCGUCCCGCACAAUCCCCAAAGAAGCAAUGUAGGAUUGUUAACCAAGAAAGGAAACUCUAUUAAAAUGUGGUAAAAACAUCCGCCUAGGUCAGAAUAAUUAACAGAAAUGGAAAGAUGAACUAUGUUUUUGUUUUUUUAUCAAUUAAUUUUCUGCUCCAGUGAUGGUGUGGAACAUAGUGCCAUACCGGUGAAAGAGCAUAUCGAUCAGAUCAGUGGUAUA